CUGUCAUUACGGAAGUAGAAAUAGGUCAAUGAACGGCUCUCAUUGGAAAGCUACUAUGGCAGCUCCCAAAGCCUGCAAAGCCCCCAAAGAGCAGAAAUAUGACAGGCAGCUGAGAUUGUGGGGAGACCAUGGUCAAGAAGCACUGGAAAAUGCACAUGUGUGUCUCAUCAACGCCACAGCCACUGGGACAGAGAUACUGAAGAACCUAGUGCUGCCAGGGAUUGGAGCUUUCACCAUUGUCGAUGGGCACACUGUGUCCGGGGAAGAUGCAGGAAAUAACUUUUUCCUCAGCCAUAACGGCAUUGGAAAGAACAGAGCACAGGCUGCCACUGAACUGCUACAAGAACUAAACAGUGAUGUAUCAGGAAACUUUGUUGAGGAGUGCCCAGAGAAGCUUCUGGACAACGAUCCUGAGUUUUUCCACAGGUUUACGAUAGUCAUUGGUGUCCAGUUGCCAGAAAGCACAUGUUUGAGGCUUGGCUCAGUUCUUUGGAGUGCAUCAGUUCCUUUCCUAGUUUGUAAAACGUAUGGGCUCAUAGGCUACAUGAGGCUGGUGGUGCAGGAGCACACAGUAAUUGAAUCUCAUCCAGACAAUGCUUUGGAGGAUCUUAGAUUAGAUCAGCCUUUUGAUGAAUUUAAGAACCAUGUUAAUUCCUAUGACCUUGACAGCAUGGACAAGAAGGAUCACAGUCACACGCCAUGGAUUAUCCUUGUUGCUCAAUACCUCGACAAAUGGCUCAGUGAGCACAACUGUCAGCCACCAAAAAAUUACAAAGAGAAAGAGGCCUUCAGACAAAUUAUUCGGGAAGGUAUCAUGAAAAAUGAGAAUGGUACUCCAGAGGAUGAAGAAAACUUUGAGGAAGCCAUUAAGAACGUCAAUACAGCUUUAAAUCAAACCAAGAUUCCCCGCACUGUUGAAGACCUGUUCAAUAGUGAGCAGUGCAACAACAUCACAGCACAGACUUCAUCGUUCUGGGUGAUGCUUCGAGCUGUGAAGGAGUUUGUUCACAGUGAGGGUAAUGGAAACCUUCCUGUACGGGGAACAAUCCCAGACAUGAUUGCAGACUCUCAGAAGUUCAUCAACCUUCAAAACGUUUACAGGGAAAAGGCUAUGCAGGAUGCAGCAGCUGUUUCGAACUAUGUAGAGUCUCUGCUACAGUCUGUUGGAAAAUCACCAGAAAGCAUCUCUGAGAUGGACAUCAAGCUGUUUUGUAAGAAUGCAUCCUUCCUCCGGGUGGUGCGCUGCAGAUCUCUAGCUGAGGAAUAUAAUGUGGAUUCAGUAAAUAAAGAUGAAAUCACCUCAUGCAUGGACAGUCCAGACAGCGAGAUGGUGUUCUACCUCAUGUUUCGUGCUGUUGAUCGUUUCUAUCAGCAACACUCCCGCUACCCAGGAGUGUACAACUACCAGGUGGAGGAGGACAUCAGCAGCCUGAAGCUGUGUGUCAACAGCCUUCUGCAGGAGUACAGCCUCAAUGUCAACAUUAAAGAUGACUACAUCCAUGAGUUCUGUCGGUAUGGUGCAGCAGAGCCACACACAGUUUCUGCUUUUUUGGGAGGGUCAGCAGCUCAGGAGGCCAUCAAGAUCAUCAGCCACCAAUUUGUACCCUUCAGCAACACGUUCAUCUAUAAUGCAAUGUCACAGACCUCAGCAACAUUUCAGUUGUGAAUACUGUUACUCAAACCUGAGGUUGGCGGCAGAAUCAUCUGGAAAAAAAUGGUGACAGGAUUAAGUGACUUUAAUAAAUCCAUCUGUAAAGAUAAUGUGGGUGCUCACAAGCAGAAGUACUUGUGGUGGGAAAGAAAAGAGGGAAUCGGGCACCCAUGAGGAUUUUCUUUUAACUUUCCAUUUCCCUUUUGUUCUGAAACAUUAAACAAAUCUGAAAGUGAAACUUGCAAAUUCAAGACCUUUGUACAAUAUCUUCAUCUGUGGUUUUGCAUUACAACUUAGCUGCACAUUGUAUAUCUAUAUCCCAGCUGUUUUUGUAUUUUGUUAGGAAUAAUAUAUGUUAAAACAUGUAGCCUUUAACUGUCCAUGUUGACAUAAAAAGAU